AUGGAUAUUGAGCAAUUUCUAGACCCAUCUGAUGAAGUCUAUGAAGACCGUCUUGAAGACUUAGAUGAUAUGAUUAUUGGCCAAUUUUUGCCAGAGGAAGCAGAUGAUGAUCUGGAUCAAAUCUUAGAGGAAAAAGAGGAGAUCAAGGUUCAUGAAGCAAUAUCUGCUCUUGAAAAGCUUCAAUUGUUUGAAGAACAGCAAGAAAAUGGGAAUUACGCGUUUAUUCAGUCUCUUCUUAGGCAUAAGAGAGAGCUUCUCUCAAAGCAAAUCAAAUUCUACUAA